AUGGCGCUUCGUUUUUCGUUAGCAGCAUUUUCUCUGAUCCUCCUUCUAUCCUAUCCUCUGCUUCUCAACGCCAAAACCCUGAAACGUGACAUGAAAGCAUUGAACGAGAUCAAGGCUUCUCUCGGCUGGAGAGUCGUGUACGCUUGGGUCGGAGACGAUCCGUGCGGAGACGGCGACCUUCCGCCGUGGUCCGGCGUCACUUGCUCCACUCAAGGCGAUUAUCGAGUCGUCACUGAGUUGGAGGUUUAUGCAGUCUCAAUUGUUGGGCCUUUUCCUACUGCUGUCACCAAUCUCUUGGAUCUCACUAGGCUGGAUCUCCAUAACAACAAGCUGACGGGCCCUAUUCCCCCCCAAAUUGGACGUUUAAAGCGUCUUAAAAUGCUUAAUUUGAGAUGGAAUAAGUUACAAGAUGUCAUUCCUCCAGAAAUUGGUGAACUGAAGAGUUUAACCCAUUUGCAUCUAAGCUUUAAUAGUUUCAAAGGGGAAAUUCCAAAGGAGCUUGCUAAUCUUCCAGAGCUUCGCUAUCUCUAUCUGCAAGAAAAUCGUCUUGUUGGGCGGAUUCCUGCAGAACUAGGAACUUUGCAAAAUCUUCGGCAUUUGGACGUUGGUAAUAAUCAUUUGGUGGGUACCAUUAGGGAACUCAUACGUAUUGAGGGCUGCUUUCCAGCUUUGCGUAACCUUUACCUAAACAACAACUAUCUUACGGGAGGAAUUCCAGCACAGCUUGCAAACUUGACCAAGUUGGAAAUCUUGUACCUAUCUUACAACAAGAUGUCUGGGAUAGUUCCAUUAGGACUCUCCCAUAUUCCGAGAUUGACUUACUUGUAUUUGGAUCACAAUCAAUUUUCAGGGAGAAUUCCCGAUGCCUUCUAUAAACACCCAUUCUUGAAAGACAUGUAUAUUGAAGGGAAUGCAUUCAGACCCGGUGUGAAACCGAUAGGCAUACACAAAGUUCUUGAGCUCACUGACACAGAAUUUCUUGUUUAG